AUGGUACACCUCAGCAUGCGUGCAUCCUCGCUCGCCCGCCCAGGAAUCAACCCCCCCCGCCCAAGCAUGCGUCCGCUCAUUCUCACCACUUUCACUGACGCUUCUCCACUUCCUUACCCUUCCCUCCUGUUCCGUCUCUCCUCCCUCCGUCUGCUUCUUUUCCCCUCUGGUGCACCGCCCCCAUGCAGCAACCUCGAGUCCAUGCUCUCUCUCCCUCAGGAGGUUAUGUCCCUCGUGCGCCUGCAAUCACUGAGUCUCGCUUCCACCACCAUUCCGCCCAUUCGCAUGCCAAGCAUUCCCUCUGUCAUCGGCCAGCUCACCUCCCUCACUUCCCUGCAGAUUUCCAACGCAGUAGCAGGGGGAUCAUUCCCUGCAUCCCUGUCCCGACUGAAGCAACUCAAAUCACUGAGCCUGGGCGGCACUACCUUGUCUGCCACCAUUCCCCACUUCUUCUCCUGCCUCACUUCCUUGACACGCCU